CAGCAACAGCAGCAGCAGCAGCAACGUCACCCUCUGACGCCGGCAUCAGAGCAGCACGGGCGGCCAUCCACGCAGCAGCGAGUCGCUCCGGAACUCGGCGGAGGAACACAGCUCGCUGCUUCGGGACUGACUUUCCGCUCUUGUUACUCAGUGUCAACACCUAGGACGAGAAAGCUUGACCUAACAAAAUAUGGUGAUUACAAGUGUGGCAUUCCUCAGAUGGACAUCACUGGCCAUGGACAUGAAGACCAGAUGUUUGCAGUAAAGAGGAUCAGACUGGAGAGGAGGGAGUAACAGGUUCUGCGCGCCAAGGUGGAUUUGGAGGUGUGGAGGAGAGCUGAAGAUCAUGGGCAAAUCAAACAGCAAGCUCAAGCCAGAGGUGGUGGAGGAGUUGACAAGGAAAACCUACUUUACAGAGAAAGAGGUGCAGCAGUGGUACAAAGGAUUUAUUAAAGACUGUCCAAGCGGGCAGCUGGAUGCUUUGGGCUUUCAGAAGAUAUACAAGCAGUUCUUUCCUUUUGGAGACCCUACGAAGUUCGCCUCCUUUGUCUUCAAUGUUUUCGAUGAAAAUAAGGAUGGACGCAUCGAGUUCUCCGAGUUCAUCCAGGCCUUGUCAGUGACCUCUCGGGGGACUCUUGAUGAGAAGUUGAGAUGGGCUUUUAAACUUUACGACCUUGAUAACGAUGGCUACAUCACCCGAGACGAGAUGUUAAACAUCGUAGAUGCCAUAUAUCAGAUGGUGGGGAACACUGUGGAGCUGCCAGAAGAAGAAAACACACCAGAAAAACGAGUGGACCGUAUUUUUGCAAUGAUGGACAAGAAUGCAGACGGGAAGCUGACUCUGCAGGAGUUUCAGGAGGGUUCAAAGGCAGAUCCUUCUAUUGUUCAGGCAUUGUCUCUCUAUGAUGGGCUUGUGUAGGAAUGUAAGAUGGAUCCAACUCAGCAUCCACAAACCAAUCCAGCGCCAUCACACCUGCAACGAGAAGAAGCCACUUUAAACUCGCUCACCUAGAAGUGGACUGCAAACUCUUUGUGGCAGUAGCUGUUCGUCUACAUUUCCAGUUCGGAUUGUAAACAAGUAUAUCCUCUGAUGUGACAGAGAACUCAGCAAAACAUCAGCAAAUCCCUCAGUCAUUUAUCCGUGCUUCUACAGAUAUGUUGCACCGCGUACACCCUUGAGUGUUGUGGACUGUGUGCGAGCAUUUCUUCAAACGCAGUGUUGUGAUUUCCCAAUGCACAGUCCAAGGAACAAAAUUCCCUUUCCGAGAUGUUGUCUUGUUCACAUACUGUCAGUCUGAGGAUGCAUGUGAAGCGCUCGGAGGAACUGUCCUGCUGCUUCACCACCACAUGGAGAGACUUGAAACCCGGGAGAAUCUGGCAAAACGUGUUACUUGGUGAUCAUUUGAGCACUUACUAAAAGUUACAAAGCAGUAUAGUGUACAAUGUAUAAUGUAAAUAGAAUGGUAAUUUAUUUUCUGCUUUGCUGCGUUUAUGGGAAUUUCCUCAUAAGUAUUGAAUGAAGUUUUAUUUUUUAUGAAAGGUGUUGAAAUGUAUUGCACUGUAUUUCUCAUUAUUUGGGGAUUUAUUUUCUUCAGACGUUCAAAAGUUUCCUUAUUCCUGAGAGAAUGGGGCUUUUAUUUGAAGAAGAGCGUUGAAGGACCCGGAGGUUACUCUGGAUUAUUUUACUAUGUUUGCAGUCUCUGCAUCCUAUUGUGUUUUUAUUUCCCCGUUAGCACUAGUGUCUGCAGUGUUGCACAGCCACAUCCUGAACAACAUGACCAGGCAACACAGCCAAUUCUCACAGCUUACAUCUGAACUGAGGCUCAUUAUUUGAGAGCAUCGUACUCCACCCUCUGCACACACACACAGCCUGGUCAUUGAGACACGGGCACAAACAGACAUCGAUUCUGGUUGUAAAGCUUUUUGCGAGCUCUGUUGUUGCAAUUGUCCACUCGUAUUUGUCCUGUGAGAGGCCAGAGCAUGUGAUGAUGCCUUUUUUUCCAUUGUUGGAUUGUUUUAUUUACAGCAUUAAGAUGUUUUAUCAGCUUGACUGAUUUUAUGCCUUAUGCAAAUGAUAAUUUACUAAAUGAUAAAUGUCAUUUACCUGUUGAUUAACGGUAUAAGAGCACACAAUAAAAUGCAUUUAAGUGGC